GUCCCGGGAGCCCCAGGUGCCAAUUAGCCGCUGUCUGGGGCUGCAGCAAGCGGCAUGGCCGAGUCCGGGCGGCAGCUGGGACGCGCGUGGCGGGCGCUGGCCGUGUGUGCGACAGCGGUGUUCCUGGCGGUCUCUGCGGCUGGGGGAGCCCUGCUGGCGUGGAACGUGGCGGCCGCCACUGCCCGGGGUUCUCGCUGCCCGGAGCCCGCGCCCGCGUCCACCGACAACGCCACCACGGCGCAAGGGUUCCCGGCGCCCGACGUCGAAGAGCUGCGGCGGCAACUGGCCGAGGCGAUCCAGGACCGGGCGGCUGUGGCGCGGCGGCUGGAGCAGGCGCACGGGGCGCACCGGGAGCUAGAGGGGGCGCUCAAGGCCUGCGAGGGCCGCCAGAGCCUGCUCGAGAGACAGCUGGCCACACUCAAAGCCGAGAUGGACGAGGCCAAGGCGCGGGGGACCCAGAUUGGGGCCGAAAACGGGGAGCUGACAGAGGCAGUGGCGCGCUGGGAGGCGGCGGCCGCAGAGUCCGCGCGGCUCCUGGACGAGGCUCAGAGGCGGGCGCGCGCAGCUGAGGCCGAGGGCGGAGCCUGUGCGGCCCGGGAGGCGACGCUGCGCCAGCGCGUGGACGCCCUGGAAACCGAGCUGGACCCUGAGCGCAGACAGUCGCACUCGCGGCCCGGUUCCGGGGCGCGCCUCUGCCCUCGCCCCCGGCCCAGCCCCCGGACCCGGCCCAGCUCGCGCUCGCGCUCCCGCUCCGGAACCUCGGGGGGCUGCCAGAGGCCUCGGCGCACCCACCGAGAAAGUACAGCGACAGCGGGAAGGGCACUUAGUUUGCGUGUGGCUGAGCUGGAUUUGAUCGCUGGCAUCAAGGAUGCUUCCCCUGAGCCCACUAGGAGUGAUACCUGAGCGUCACCAGGUAUGGCCCAAAACCAAAUAGACAAACAGAAAAACAACAGGAAGUGGAUGCCCUUCUUUUAUUGGGGAGCAGGGGGGAGAACGGGGUGCCGUCAGCCUCUGCAGAGGGCCGGGAUGGGCCCUGGUUCUGGGGCUUCUGGGCCUGGCACCCCCAGGGCCUUCCUGCCCCGACUCCGGUCCGGGGAGGCCCCACUUCCCUUGAGAUCCGGAUGGAUGCAAGAUCUUCCCUGUCCCGUGCAAACAAAUAGCACCGAAUUGUUCUUCCCUCAGCCGGAAAACAAAGGCUGGAAUCUCCAGGCCUGAUCUGGUGAUGAGUCUCCGAGGGAAUUCAGAGAUUCGUGCCCAGAACUUCCUGUGGCCAUGACAAAUUGUUUUCAGGAAAAAAACAAAACAUUCAAGUCGGGGCUGGUGCUGAGGCCCGUGUGGCUCCCAGCGCUGUCUCCUCCCCCGCCCAAGCUUGGGGCCAGGAGCCCCUCAGCCAGCUUUGAGGGGCCCGUGUGGGUGCGGCUGAUUGUGUGCACCCGGGAUACCAGCCCUGUGCUCUUCCCCACACGCCCCCAGCCCCAGCAGUGUCUUUCGCUAUCUGAACCCGUUCUGGGGGCAGAGUGCGGCAUCACGAAAGAGAAGCGUGAGGACAGCUGCCAAAAGGUGUGGGGCCUAGGAACCGCUCAGCGGGCAGGGUGCAGCAGGCAGGGCGCCGGCCUUGCAUAGGA